ACUUUAACCACCCACAAAUUGAAGAUGGAUCUACAUUCUCGGAUCUCUUCAGAUAGAGGGUCUUCUCGUUCACGCGACUAUGGGUCCGCUGGCGAGUAUAACAGCUAUUCCAAUGACCGCAGAAGAGAUUAUGGUGAUGAAAGACGUCGCAGACGACGCGAUGAUUCUGAAUAUCGAGGCAGAUACCGAGACGAUGAUCGAAGAUACAGCAGCGGACGUGACCGUGAUGAUGAACGCGACCGUAAGGAAAGUCGGUAUUCUCGGGAUAGACACGACCGUUAUGACAGAAAUGAACGGAGAGAAAGUAGAUACUCUUCGCGUCGUCGCAGUAGAAGUCCUUCCUACAGAUCGCGUCCUUUAAACAUUGAACGAGAACUUGAAGAAUUAAAAAACGUCGUACCUUUGAACCAAUGGAAAAGGAAGCGAUCCAUGUGGGAUAUGAAGCCUCCGGGUUACGAAAAUGUCACAGCCGAUCAAGCAAAAAUGUCUGGACUAUUUCCACUUCCAGGUGCACCAAGAUCAGCAACAGCAGAUCCAGAGAAAUUGGCUGCCUUUGCUCGUUCCACUGCCGGCAGCAUCAUUGCACCUCCUCCUCCUAUACAACCUGGUGCUAGUAGACAAGCCCGUCGUUUGAAGGUUAAAGAGCUUCCAGCUGAAUUUGAAGUUGAAGAUUUAAAAAAUGUUUUUGAAGAGUCGAUAUCUACAUCAUCGUUCCACAAAGACCGUGAUACAAAACAUGUUACCGCUAUUUAUCCUUGCAAAACCGAACGUUAUGCUAUCAUUGAGUUAGCAACUCCGGAGGAUGCCACAUUUAUCUGGGGUGCACGAAAACUUAAAUUCAAAAAUGAAACGGUCUUAAUUGACCGUCUGGAAGGAUACAUUGUUCCUCAAAUUUCUUCCGAAGUUGCUCAAAAGCGACCAAAAAAUGACCUGAAUCAAAAAGUGCUCGAUAGCGCAGACAAAGUAUACAUCGGAUCUUUGCCUCUAUAUCUGAAUGAAGACCAAAUUUCUGAAUUAUUAAAGCCAUUCGGAGAAUUACAGAGUUUGUUUUUAGCUAAAAACUCUGCAGAUAUGACAUCAAGGGGAUACGCAUUCUGUGAAUACAUUUCUUCGGAAUCCGCUACGGCCGCCGUCCAAGGGCUGAACAAUAUGGAAUUUGGUGACACUCGUCUGAUGGUUCAGUUUGCUUGUGUUGGCAUUCAACAACCUGUUCCUUCACCUAGGUCUGUCGGCAUGGCUGCUUUAAUUGAGCUCAGCAAAUCUAGCACAGAAGCGGCACCAACACGUGUGCUUCAAAUUCACAAUCUUCUUGAUGCUGAUGAAACGUUAGAUACUGAAGAUUAUGAGGAUAUUCGAAAAUCCGUGCAGAAUAAGUGCAACGAAUAUGGCCAAGUACUUGAUCUGAAACUUCCAAGAGAAACGUCUUCUUCCGAUAAUACUUCUGCCCCUCCAGGUGUUGGCGUGACUUUUGUGCGCUUUGGCUCCAUUAAGGAUGCUGCGAACGCUCUUCAACACAUGUCCGGUCUCCGUUUUGAUGACAGAUCAAUUGUAAUUGCUUACUAUCCCGAGGACUGCUAUAAGGCAAACGCUUGGUAAUCUCAAUGUUCAGAUUACUAGUACAUCUUUUGCAGUGAGGAUGUUGAACCUUUUCUAUCGUUCUAAAAAAUCACCCCUCAAUUUGAGAACUAAAAUGAAUGAGAAAAUGACAAUAUUUAAAAGUGCAUCCGUUGAACUUUUUUACUACUACAUCACUUCAUGGAAUGCUAGCACUGUUCGAUUAAUCGCUGAACUCUUCCGAACUGCUGCUCUCGUCUUCUUCAACGGGUUGGAUACGGGCAGCAAAUUCUGGGGGCCUACGCUGUCAGCAAUUUUUGUCUUCAAACACAGGGAGCACGGUUUUCCAUUUGGAGCAACCGUGCUCACAAUUCAUACCAGUAAUGCUGUUUCAUCCACACUUUGGUGCUGUGAAUAACGUGUACAAUAGUUCCGUCAAUCUUGUUUUUUUUGUCUUGAAACUCACUCUUGUCUAAUAGCACGUAACCCCCUCGUUUCACCCAAACCGAUUUUCUGAAUUUGGGUGGCAUUUCUACCAGUAAAGUUGAACCUGCCGGAUCAGUCACUUCGAAAAGUGAGGAACCACGCAACGCGGUAACCCGUGCUAUAAGCUGGUUUUCUUCCAAGUGAUCCGGCGGAUCCAUUGAUGCUUGAAACGUAGCUGCCUUAGACAUACUAUUUUCCUUUUUUGUACCGUGGUUUUUGGUUUGCCAGAGGGUUCUGAUCUAAAUCACCACCAAGAGGAGGCUAUAAUUAAAGCAAACUCUUUAGCAGUAACACUGAAAGCGAUAAACUAUGUUGUAUAAAUAAUAUAUUUGAGAGACAUUAAGGUUUUUAGAUAAUACAAAUCAUCAGCAACAUCAUCAUCCUCAUCCUC